CAGUCUUCAGUCUUUAGUUCACUCAGACUGUCAGACACCACUCUCGAGCCUCCACCCUGCAGCCCUCCACUCUCACCUCUCGCACUCAGUGGCCACGCCUGCAGUCUCCACCUCGUGCUUCCGGCGCAACCUCCGUCCAGCCACCGCCGCCGUCGCAACACCUCCGUCGAAGUCACUCACCGUCGCAAGUUCGUGGAGCCAGCUUGGAGAUUGCGCAUCCCUUUCCAUCGCGAAGUCAGCCGUGGAAAUCGCAGCCACCGCCACCACUCCUUGCCGUCGCGCAGUGUCGUCCUGAGUGACCUGAAGCCCUUGCCCCCCUCUCGAGCCCCAUUCCUGAUUCCUCAGUCUCAUACAUACUCUCAUUAUUUCUCCCCAAAACAAAACCCUAGUCUCAUCGCGCCGCUGUUGGUCGCACUGUCGCCGCCUGGUUCCUCGUGGUCGUUCUUCAAUCCUCCUGUUUCGUCGUACUCGAAGGCCCUUCCAUUCCCCCAACGCCAAUCCUCCUACUGAUUGAUGAUAAAUUGAUACCGAUAAAUUGUUACUGUUCUUCCGGUUGAACCACGGUUAGACCGAUUGGACCAGUAAAUCAGUGAACCAAUGACUAGAGCGGUUCGAUGACCGGUCCGAUUUUAAAACCUUGCUCCCUCACUCCUCAGUCCUCGCCCAGCCCCUCUCUGGGUCACUGCACUGCUGCCUGCUUGAGUACCUGACUCUGCCUUACUCUUCCGCGGUGCCGCUGGCCGCCGCCUCUACCUCGCUGCUGCAUUGCUGCCUGCCUCUGCCUUGCUCUUCUGCGACGCCACUGCCCCUGCUUCUCUCUGCCCGAAGCCAGCCAUCUCAGCCUUUAAGGGAAACACAACUGCACAAGUUCCUUUCUUCUUCAUAGCUCGCAGCCGCCGCUCCUGCAACUUCUUGUUUACACGCGCUGCCGUCAACACUAUUGUCAAAGCCACUGGAAUCAAAAGUCCCCUUUAAAACCCUACUCCAAAGAUGCAGCAUGAUGAGGUUAUAUGGCACGUUAUUAGGCACAACCAUUGUAGUUUCAUGGCCAAAAUUACAACGGGGAAUUUUUGUAGAAACCCUUACAAUGUUACUGGACUUUGCAAUCGAAGCUCCUGCCCCUUAGCUAACAGUCGCUAUGCUACUAUACGAGAGGAAAAUGGUGUGUUUUACCUUUACAUGAAAACUAUAGAAAGAGCUCAUAUGCCAAACAAGUUGUGGGAAAGAGUUAAGCUGCCAAGGAAUUAUGAAAAGUCACUUGAAGUCAUUGACAAACAUCUGAUGUAUUGGCCUAAGCUUCUUAUACACAAAACAAAGCAACGAUUGACCAAAAUGACCCAGAUGCGGAUACGUAUGAGGAAACUUGCGUUGAAGACAAGGGAGAAAAUAAUGACAACUCCAAGGAAGGAGAUAAAGAGAGAGGCUAGAAGAGAAGAGAAGGCUGAAAAGGCAGCUUUGCUAGAAAAGUCUAUUGAGAAAGAGCUACUGGAGCGCCUUCAAAAAGGAGUUUAUCAACAAAGUGACAUUUACAAUUAUCCUAUUGAACAAUACAAUAAAGUUCUUGAUAUGGACAACCUUCAACCUGCUGAGGAAGAGGAGGAGGAAGCAGAGAUUGAAUAUGUGGAAGGUUAUGAUGAACUUGAAGAGGAAGAUGACAUGGAGGAUUUUGUUAAUUUUAGAAUUGAUGAUGCUGGUGGUGAUGACAAUGAUGAAAAUGCUGGAAGCUCUGAAGAUGAAGAGGCAGAAGCAGCUGCUCAGAGAAGGGUAAAACGGAAGAAUAAAUUAGCUUCAAUGAAAUCUGAGAAGGAUUCUGUUGAUCUUAAAUCAAAGAAGGCAAAGGUCCUUGUUGAGGUUGAGCGUGAUGAUGCCGAUGAAAGACAAAGGGAGGUAUCCGUACGGUAGUUGCACUUGGUGACUCGGCACUGGUCAUUGAUAGGAGAGGAAUCAGGAAACGAGAGGCGCGAUAGGAGAAACAAAAUUUUGGUUCAGUUUUAUUAGUUUGUUUUGUACCCAGACGAGAAGAAAGCGCAGAAAUUCAUUUUUUUUUAUUUCCAACUUUUGAAGGGCAGUGUUGUCAAAUUUCAUAACACGAGUCUAGGUUGGUUGGAAAUUGAAAUGGUAUGGAGCAUCAGCAUCUCAAUCCAAUGUUAGUCUCCGUUAUAUGACGGAGAGUAAUGAUGUGUACUAAAAUCUUGGAUAACAUGUAAGAUGGUGUUUGACUGUUUGCUAUAUUUAGAUCCCUUAAGAAAGCUGAGACUCCUUAAGCUAAGACAUGUUAUAUUUUACUAAUAUGAAUGAAUACAAACUCUCUCUAUCCAACAAGCAGAAUAUUUAUAUCCCCGAGUAGUCUUUUUGUAUUAUUGCUUUUUGAUGGAAACAAUUGUU